AUGCUCCUGAUGGUCGACCAUUGCAUAACCCUUUCGUUAGCUGGAGCACCUGUCGAGUACAAAGCCUAUCGCCUCGACAUGUCAACUGUGCCUGCAGCUUGGGUGGAGGUGAAGAAGCUAGAGAAUUACUCGCUUUUUAUUGGGUGCGAUGUGAGGAGCCCUGCGUUUUCUUGCGCCAGCUUAGGACGAUGGAGCGGGAGGAGUAACUGCUUGUACUACGGGUAUUACGAUCCACCCUUGGUGUUGCAUGGGCUUGGAGAUGAUGUGGAUGCUGUGUGGAAUCCAGACAACGAUGAUUACCUUGAGUUCAAGAGGAACUGGUACACCCAACUGCAGGUCUUCUGGGUGUACCCAAGUAUGCUCUAUCGCUGA